AUGCCAGAGGUUCGUGGUCGAAACCUUUAUCGCUUGAUGAAGUUCAUAUGUGGAACAUCAUUCAUGAUGUAUGGGUACGACGCUGGCGUCUUGGGCGGCGUCCUCCUCCAUCAGCCAUUUAUAGACGCAAUCGGAUUGGAGGGCACAGGCCAAUACACGAUUCCCAUGAUCUCCAGCUCUUACAGCCUUGCGGCAUGCGUGACCUCGGUUGUCGUGGGAUUCUUUGCCUUUAGAAUCGGUCGACGCGGAACAAUCAUCAUGGGGAACAUCGCAGCCAUCAUCGGCACGAUUAUCCAGAGUUCAUCAUAUAGUAUCGCCCAGCUCAUUGUGGGCAGAUGCUUCACCGGUUUCGCGAUCGGAUGUGUCUCCUCAGCCGUCCCUACCUACUUGGCUGAAACUGGUAUUGAUGUUGGCGACAGAGGCCCUGCUAAUGCGUUCAAUGCUAUCAUGUUGAUCGGUGGAGUGCCUGUGGCGUACUGGGUUGAUUAUGGAUUUACCAAGAUGCAGAACCAGAUCUCGUGGCGGCUGCCAAUCGUCUUUCAGGCCAUCUUCGCUGUCGUCAGUGGAGGGUGUAUGUUGUUCCUUCCCGACACUCCUCGCUGGUAUUACGCCCGCGAUCGCUUUGAUGAAGGCGAUGCCGUUCUUGCUCGUCUAAUCGAUACUCCAUCCACAGAUGACCCUCGAAUUCACGAGGUAAGAAGGGAUAUCUUGCUAGCUAUCGAGUCUGAACUGGAGGCCAAUGCCAGUCUUCACUGGCGCCAAUUUAUCACCAUGGGAAUCAUCGACCACACUCCGCUCAAGAUUAUCAGAAGACUGGUUAUUUGCUUUUGGUUUCCCUUCAUACGAGAGUGGAUGGGAUCUUCAUUGAUGGCUUUCUACAGUGCUAUUAUCCUCAAAAACACAGGAGCGAGUCUGGGUUUAAUUUCGCUGCUCAGCGGAGUUCAGAACAUUAUAUUUGCCUUGGGAUGUGUGCCUCUCUACUAUACUAUCGAGCGCACUGGCCGGCGCACGAUACUUCUCUAUGGGGCCAUGCUUAUGAUUGUGCUCAUGGUCAUCUUCAUUGUCCUAGUGGCCAUCCCGCAGAACUCGGCCAUUAGUUGGGCCUCUAUCGCCCUCCUCUGGUUCUACCUCUUCGUCAUGGGCUACGCCUACCAAGGCACAGUAUGGCUUUACUGCGCUGAGAUCUCGCCACUGGAAUAUCGCCAUAUCGGGGGAGCCGCCACCUCCACCGGUGAAUGGCUGGGCACUUUUUUGAAUGUGUUUGUUGGUCCGAUUGGCUUUGAUAAUUGCGGAUGGAGGUAUUGGUUCUGGGUGCUGAGCGGGAAUCUCAUCGCGCUUCCCUUUGUCUAUUUCUUAUGUCCGGAGACUGGCGGGAAGACGCUGGAACAGGUCGAUUACCUCUUUUCAAAAACAGGAGUACCGGCAGAGAUUGCCAAGGGUCAGCACACUGAGGAAGCAUGGAUUGAGAAGGUCGAUGAAGAGAAGAAAUCUGCAGAAGCGGUCACAGUAAGUGUGAAUGCACAGAGUUCUGGGAUUCCUCGGAGAGUAGAAAGGUAG